UGAAACUCACGAUAAAAAAGCUGACGUACUCGACUCGCGAAAAAGAUACGAACAAUAUUUAUUUAUAAUUUAUUUGUUCGAGCGCUCACCCCCGCCGCUCCGCUCCACACACAACGACACCCGGACCACGGCUAUCAGAUCACAUCCUUAUUCCCGGUGGAGACGGCGAUGAAAUCGCUCAGCGGAUAACUCUAGGCCACGGACGAGCGGACGACGCACGUGUGUGUGUAUGUUUGUGUGCGAUAGCUGGAAAAUUGUUGCUGCGCGAAUUGGAGAGAUAUAGACGUGUGCGUGUGUGUGUGAGAGUGCACUGCAGAAGGGGGGCAUGACGGAGAUAAGGAUAAAGAUAGACGGACAGUGCAAACGGCAAAAGUGAGAAGAAAUCAACACACAAGAACAGCAGUCAGUGCCUUUCAUCCGCUCCGCAUCCGCAUCCGCAAUCCUCGACAGCAACAGUGUGUGUGUGCCUGCGCAGAGCGAUUGUGUUUGUUGUGUUCGUUUGUUGUUGCUGCAGCUGAGUCGUGACACAACAGUAACAACUGGCCAAGCAAUAUCUAAGACACAUGAUGUGGUCGUUCUUCUCGCGCGACUCCUCGAAAGACUUCCCCUACGACAUCGGCGAACCGGUGGGCGGCUUCGAUGCCUACUCCAUAUGGACACUGCACAAGGCCAAGCGCAAGACCACGCUGGAGGAGGUGUCCGUCUUUGUCUACGACAUUCGCAGCGGCUCUGAUACCAAAUGUGACUUGGCUAAGGCGUCGCUGAAGCGUCUGAAGACGUUGCGUCACCCCAGCAUCCUGCAGUACUUGGACUCUUUGGAGACGGACAAGAUGCUGUACGUGGCCACGGAGGCAGUGGAUCCCUUGGGUAGUUACUUUACCAAACUGGCCACGGAUAAUGUACAAAAGGGCCUUUACCUUGCCUGGGGCAUCUUCCAGAUCACACGCGCCUUGUCCUUCCUCAACAACGAUGGCAAUCUGCGGCACAACAAUGUCUCGGCCUGGUCAGUGUUCGUCAAUGCCUCCGGUGAAUGGAAGCUGGGCAGCUUGGAGUAUGUCUCGGCGGCGGAUGGCAAUCCCAUGCCUCCGGUGAAAAUACCUGUGACCCUGGAGGUCUAUGACUCGCCGGAGAAAAAUGACCAGAGCAAGCUCAAGGCGGCCACCAAAUGUUCCGUUGACAUGUGGGGCCUGGGUUGCCUAGUGUGGGAGGCCUUUAAUGGAGUGCUCAAGCAACGAUCCAACCUCAAGGACAUCGAGCACAUACCCAAGUCUCUGCAAUCCCUGUAUUGCGAACUGGUGGGAGCCUCGCCUUCGAACCGACCGAAUCCAGCCGAUAUAAUCACACGUUGCCGCAAGCCGGGAGGCUUUUUCAAAAACGAUCUGGUGGACACACUGCUCUUUCUCGAGGAAAUUCAAAUUAAGGACAAGGCGGAGAAAAAUCGCUUCUUCAGCGGACUGACCACACAUCUGGACAACUUCCCGGACAAUGUGUGCAAGCACAAGAUACUUCCACAGCUGAUAACAGCGUAUGAGUACGGAGAUGCGGGCUCAGCCGUGCUGGCACCCAUGUUUAAGCUGGGCAAACUGCUCGACGAAGUGGAGUACCAGAAACGCAUUGUGCCCUGUGUUGUCAAGCUGUUCGCUUCCACGGAUCGUGUGACUAGAUCGCGCCUGCUGCAGCAGCUGGACCUGUUUAUUGCGCACUUGCAGCCACAGGUGGUCAACGAUCAGAUAUUCCCCCAAGUGGCGCACGGUUUCCUGGAUACCAAUGCCACCAUACGCGAGCAGACGGUCAAAUCUAUUAUCCAUCUGGCGCCCAAGCUCAACUACAACAAUCUCAAUGUGGAGGUGCUGCGUCACUUUGCGCGGCUGCAGGCGCGUGACGAUCAAGGUGGCAUCCGCACCAAUACGACCGUGUGCCUGGGCAAGAUAGCGCCGCAUCUGCAUCCGCAGGUUCGUCAGCGAGUGCUGGUCUCUGCCUUUGUUCGCGCCAUGCGUGAUCCCUUUCCGCCAGCCCGAGUGGCUGGCGUCCUGGCGCUGGCCGCCACCCAGCAGUACUUUUUACUCAGCGAAGUGGCCAAUCGGGUGCUUCCUUCGCUGUGUUCCUUGAGCGUGGAUCCAGAGAAGACGGUGCGGGAUCCGGCGUUCAAAACUAUACGCGGUUUUCUAGGCAAGCUGGAGAAGGUGUCGGAAGAUCCUAGUUUGCGUGAGACCAUGGAGGCCGAUGUCCACACGGCCACGCCAUCAAUUGGCAAUGCGGCUGCCACCUGGGCGGGCUGGGCGGUGACGGCCGUUACAGCCAAGUUCUAUCGCAGCCAAAGUGAUUCGUCUCGACCCAGACCGCCUUUAACUGGCCGCAAUCUGUCCAAGCCGGCAUCGCUUGAGCAACCAUCGAGCAGCAGCUUAUCGACCACCACGAGCAGUGUUACCUCUAUGACGUCGCUGGAGCAUGAAAGCAAUGACACCUCCGCUUCGGCCUCGGAUUACGGCAAUAACGAUUGGGACAACGAAAACUGGGGCGAAAUGGAUACCUCUCAAGAUCCCAGCAGUCCACUGGCAGCUAGCUCUAACAAUGGCACCUCGAUGGCGGCCAAUGCCUUGAAUGAAGUGCGGGAUGGUUGGGACAACGAGGAGUGGGGCAGUCUUGAAGAGGAUCCGUGCGAGGAGGAGGAGCAGGCGGAGCAGGAGCAGCAGCAGCAGCAACUGGCUAGACAAUCGAUAUCAUCCACCACGUCAUCCAGUCACCAUCACCAGCGUCCGCCGCUGCCGCAACAGCAUCCGCAUCAGCAGCUGCUGCAGCAGCAUGAACUGAACGACCUGAUCGAGCCCCUGGCCAAGCUCAACUCGCAUGCCAUGCUUAGGCCAAAGGAGUUGCCCAAUCUCUCCAGUAGCAACACCUCGCCCACGUCCACGGCCACUGCCAAUUGCAAUAACAUAAGCCCGCCUUCGUCGCAUUUAAAUAAUUCGACGCAUAAUGCCAAUUGGAAUAGCGAUUCGUGGGCCGAUGGUGAAUUUGAGCCGCUGGAGGAGUCGGGAUUGGGAAAUGCCAAACUGGAUGAGGCGCGGCGUAAGCGCGAGGAGAAAAAGCUGCAGCGACAGCGGGAACUAGAGGCGCGCCGGGCCCAGCGGGCGACUGGCCCUAUGAAGUUGGGCGCCAAAAAGCUUUAAAAGUAAUCAGCCGAUAACAGUGCCUAGUGUGUGCGCCUGUUAUGCAGCCUGUUAUUUGCAUCUACGUAUAUCUAAGUCCCAAAAGUGUAUUUGUAUAUUUCCGUGUGUGUCCCUAAUCCACCAUGUCCCCCGUUUUCCUCCUUUCCCCGUGUAUUUUUUGGGUACCAGUUUGCAUUAAAUGCAAUCACAGUGUCUCGAGCCUCCAUUUCGAUUCCAUAACAUAGCCAUAUAUUGUAAUGCUAAUGCUGGCACGAUAUUAUCUAGCAACUCUAACUAAAUUUCCAAUGUAAAGCACUGUAAUUAAACCUGUAAUUUAUAUUUAUAUAAAAAAAGAAAACGAAAAGGAAUGAAGCAACCAACCAAGCAGUAGUUAGUAAAUUACUUCAAAUUUAUACUUUUAUUAAUCAAGUCUAGUAGAAAAUAACGAUCUGUGGAUCCUUGAGCAUGAAUGUGGGAGAGACCGGGAUAUAAUCAAUAUCAAUGAUUGGCGAAUAAAGUAUUUUUCUCCCUCUCCUAUCCUAUCUAUGAGUAUGCCUGUGUGCUUCUGUGUUUUCUCCCACUUUUGUUUUCAAAGCUAAAGGAGUUGAAGUAUUCCAUAGGAGCGCCGGGAAAUGCAAAAGGAAAUAUUUAACAUAAAUAAAAUCUAAACGUAUUUUUGCGAAUAGGAGCGUAACCAAAAUUGUGAAUUUUAAUAUAAACAACAACAAUAUUUUUAUAUAGCUCAUAAUAAUAUAAAAAUGGAAACGAAUUAUAUAGAACCAAACCAAUAUAUAGGAGAAUCUGAAAAAUCAAGAAACAACCGCAAGCAAUUAUAGAAAGGAAACAACUUUAAAGCUUUUUCAGCGAUACAUUUAAUUAUGUAUGUAGUAGAGAAAUGCACUUGUUAUCUAGGAUCGAAACUGAUUAUGUUUUCCCCUUAUUAUUUUUCCAGUUAUUUUCCGUCAUUUUUCGUUGAGCAUUUUCCCCAAAAGAAAUUUUAACCAAGUAAGAGAAACCAGCACCAAGCGCAAGCCAUUUUUGCAUGUCAAACUAGUAGCGUUAACUAAAAUUUUUGAAUGUCCUGUACAUACAUAUAGAUACCGAUAUACAUACAUAUAUAUACCUAACAUAUAUAUGCCGAUUUUUUCCAAUACCUCAAUAUCAGUGUACAAUUUUUCCAUAAUAUAUUUUUGAAAUAUGAAACGAAACUAAGUAAUCCGAAAGAGGAAAUUAAAAACAAAAAAUAACAGAAAUACGAAGAAAAUGUUGACUUUUUGAAAUCUCAUUGUUGUCGUCGUCGCAGCGUGUACCACCACAUACAUACAUGUGUAUAUUUGUAAUUAAUGCAACUCGAUUCCAAUCCAAGUCAGCCCAAGAACCCGCGCCUUCUUCCCCCUUUGAAACCCCCUGGCAUUUAGAUUGGCAUUCAUUUUACUUUAUCGAAAAAUUCUCUCAGCAAAUUUAACAUUAGCAUAAAUAAAAUAGUAAAAAAAAUAAGAAAACAAGAAAAGGAAAUUAAAAAGCAAACCAAAAUUAAAGCAACAUGGAAAAUUUAUUGUUUAGACAAAUUUUUAAGACUGCAAAGAAUAAGAAAAAAACCAAAAUUAAUUGAGGGUGGUAAUGGUAAAUUACAAGAAAACUAAAUUAUUUAGU